AUGAAGGAAGAACGGCUCCACAGAGAAGAACAAGACAUCUUGCCGCCCUCCUAUAUACCAGAGAGCAAGCCCCCUUCCGCAUCCUUUUUUCUGUUGCCCAUCUUUGUACUCUCUCGUUUUGUCCGUUUUGAUCUUUCCCUGAUAUCCUCUCGUCUUCUUUCGCCGCUGGACGUGCUCCCUCUCGACGUUCUGGAAACCGUCAUCGCCCCAAGCAACACGACAAUACAAGUCAACUCCAUCUUCGACACCAUGGCCGACACUACACAGACAGCUGCGUUCCCGCUGGGCACCGUCAGCUACUCGGACGGCGGCGGCAGCAGCGACGGCUCGGGGGUCGACAACGCCGGCGGCGCGUCCGGCACAUCGUCGGGCGGCAUUAACUUGUCGCACGGCGCCAUGAUAGCCAUCAUCCUCGUGGUCGUGCUCGUGGCCGUUUUUGGAACCGCCUCGGCUGUCCUCUUUUACCUCGCCAAGAAGCGCGAGUGGAAGGUCCGCCAGAGCAUCCGCAGAUCGGCGCGGCGCGUGGUCACGGCGCUCACGCCACGGCGCUCCGAGUUCCCCACGUCGGUCAAGGAUGGACCGCGGGGUGGCCGCGGUGUGCGGAUCGACGACGUGCCGCCAACACCGCGCCUGCCCAAAGACCUGGAAAAGGGUCUGGGCGGUCGCGACGAUAGCGGACGGUCAAACAAAUCAAACAAACCAAGCAAGACGAGCAAGGCAGGCAAGUCGGGCGCGAAGAUGAAGCUCUCCAGCAUCGGGCAGAAGUGA